GCGAGGCUCGCAGUCGACAAUCGAGCGGAAGAAUGCGCUCGUGGAUCGUACUCGUUGGCUCGCUGCUGCAGCUGGUAGCGUCGAUAGACAGCCAAUGGCACGACGAAGCCGGACCCUGGUUCGAGGCUACCUUGGGCGAGCCCUGGCCCAUUCCGGCCACUCGGCAAGUCCACGAGUUGUACGCUUGCCUCGACGUCGAUAGCUUCGACUUUCACAUAGUCGAUAAGAGCUGCGAUAUUUUACUGGACGCCGUGAAAAGGUACGGGAAAAUCAUAGAAACCGAGGCGAAAACUGCCAAGUGGAAGGUAGAAGAUGGAGAGGACUUGCUCGUCUGCGAUAACUACCUGCGGAAGCUCGAGAUUAAUCUGCAACUCGAGUGCGAGCAAUACCCGCGCCUCCAUUCCAACGAGUCGUAUUAUUUGAGUGUGCUAGAGAAAAGCAAGAGCAGUGCUUGGCUGGAAGCUGACUCGAUAUGGGGAAUUCUCCGCGGUCUCGAAACCUUUUCCCAGCUGCUGGCGAGCCCUCGAAAUUCCAGCAAGCUGGUGAUAAAGAGCCAAGCGAUAAGAGAUUAUCCCAAGAUGGCCCAUCGAGGCCUGCUGCUCGACACGUCGCGCCAUUACAUGCCCCUGAGCGUGAUCUUGAGCACGCUCGACGCCAUGGCCUACAACAAGCUCAACGUCUUUCACUGGCACAUCGUCGACGACAACAGCUUCCCCUACGUCAGCUCGGCGUAUCCGGAAUUGUCGCGUCGCGGGGCUUAUCAUCGCUCGAUGCUCUACACGGCCGAAGACGUGGCCAAGGUCGUCGAGCACGCCCGAUAUCGGGCCAUCAGGGUCGUGCCGGAAUUCGACACGCCGGGACACACGAGGUCCUGGGGUCAGGCCUACCCGCAUCUCUUGACCACCUGUUACGAUCAGAAAAAGCAGCCGACGGGAAAACUCGGCCCGAUGGAUCCGAGCAAGCCCCAAGUUUACGACUUCAUGAGGAAUCUGCUGCGUGAGAUAUCCGAGCGAUUCGUCGACGAUCACUUUCACUUGGGCGGCGACGAGGUGCCGUUCCAGUGCUGGCAAAGCAAUCCCGGCGUCAACAAUUUCAUGGAGCGCCACAACAUCAGCUCGAGGUACGAUAAGCUCGAGGAAAUGUACGUCAAGCGGGUCCUGGGCAUGUGCGAGGAGCUGCGGCUCAAGUCGAUCGUCUGGCAGGAAGUUUUCGAUAACGGCGUGGACCUGCCCAAGGACUCGGUCGUGCAAGUCUGGACGGGCAAUUGGCGCAAGGAAAUGGCCAAGAUCACGGCUGCCGGCCAUCCGGUGCUGCUGUCCGCCUGCUGGUACAUGAGCGAGCUGGCCUCCGGCGGGGACUGGCUCAAAUUUUACGACUGCGACCCGCUCAAUUUCCUCGCCUCUUCCAAGGAGCACAAGAAGCUCGUCAUCGGUGGCGAGGCUUGUAUGUGGGGCGAGUUCGUCGACAAGAACAAUGUGCAGCAGAGAAUCUGGCCGAGAGCGUCGGCGGUGGCCGAGCGACUCUGGAGCAGAAAACGAAACGGCCCCGAAACGGCUGCCAAGAGACUCGAGGAGCACGCCUGCCGCAUGAACCGCAGGGGUAUUCCGGCGCAGCCGCCCAACGGUUCCGGCUACUGCUUGACUUUGCCCCAAUGA